AUGGCAACAGCCCGGCUAUCUCCCACAGCAAACCUGCUGCGGAAGUCUCGUCUGUUCGCGCUCCCGCAAGCAUUAAAACCACCUCAGGAUCCGCCAACCUCAAAGGUCGUCUUCGAGUCCGACACCGCAACCCUUCCUCAUCCUACCCGAGCGUCCAUUGUUACCCCGGCAUCAUCGCUAGCAAGAGGAGAUUGGGGUCUCAAGAGAUCGUUGCCUGCAAAAUCUACGUCUGCUAAAUCAUCCAGGCCUGUUGUGAGAGUGAAUGCUCUCGACACGUUUGAACAUGUUACCGACUUCGAGUCUGCGGCCGACCAUACGGUGACCCUUGAGAAAUUCCAGGAACUCCAUAUGCCUCUCUCUUUACCUUCGAAAGUCAAUUACGCAACUAGUAUUGUUCCUAGGCACCAGAGCCCCUUCGAGUCGUAUGUGGACAACACAGAUACUAGCAAAGGCCUUGAAGAGACCGGCGCCAAGCAAUUUAGGCACUCCGGGCCCUGGCUGGCUGGACAGACGGAGGCCGAAUUCAGUGCCUACCUGAAGAAAGUGCGGAGCAAUAAGCCAGCGCUUUUGCAAAAACUCCGCCAGCUCUUCUCUGAAAAGCGAACUGCUGAGCGGAGAAAGCAAGCUCAAGAUAACGGAGAGGAUCUGCAGGCGCUUGAGCCGGUAAAGGUUACGGAGGAGGAGUUCCAGACCUACCUCAAGUCAUUACGUACAGAUCCUUUCUCCCUUGGCCCCGUGGUCUUUGAGUUAUUGGACCUGCCCUCGCCCCCGGCCGUACCGAGCGACCGAAUUGGUCACAAAUACUACCAAUCACCUGGAACCAAGCUGUCUUCGGCAGAAUACGCUGUAUCCGGUCCUCCCAAGACUCACCCUUCUGCCGGACUGUCAUACACACGGUCGCAUGCUUUAAUCUACAAUCACCCCAAGUUUGGUCCUCAGGCAUAUCAGCGUCCAGUGGAGGCCCGUAUCUUGCGACCAAAGGGUAGGUUCAAGGGCAGAACCUCCAAGGCUAUUGCGGGUGUUGGUGGUAUCGCUGUGGAGGACUUGAAUGCUAUGACUUUCGUGGAACAGGGCUCUCCUCCGGGCCUAGCCUACUUUGACGUAUCUAUCCCCGGUGGUGCCAAGUACUGGGUCACUCCUAUCCGGGCUUCGGUUGAUUCGGAGGGUAGAAUUGGCUUAGCAUCCUACAGAGCUAGUGCCACUGCGAAAGCUCCCUACAACAUUGAGGAUUACAAGAAACCCUCCCUGACAACCAUAUCCGAUGUUGCUCGUGGUGAUCAGCGUGUCGCCCCGAGACUGGACAAGCAAAAGCCACGUUUUAGGCCUUCGAGAGAACCGCAGCAUACCACCGAGGAUAUCGCCAAAAACCUGAUGAAGACUCUUAGCUCCUCAUAA